AUGAAUAUCUUUUUCAAUAAGAAACAAAAAACACCAACCGAUUUGGUAAAGUCAAUCAAAGAGAGUUUAAUUAUCAUUGAGAAAUCAGGACCAAACUCUAGAAAUACAGAAAAGGCAUUAGAGGAGCUCUCGAAAUGUCUUACAGACAUCAAAAAGAUAUUGUAUGGCGAUGCAGAGCACGAGCCGAAUCAAGAGAAUGCAACGAUAUUGGCCACAGAGAUAUGUUCGAGUGACCUGUUGUCGAUGAUUAUCAGAGACCUCGGUAAAUUAGAGUUUGAGGCAAAGAAGGAUUUCGCUCAGAUAUUCAACAACCUCUUGAGAAUUAAGAGUGGUGCUCGUUCACCUACUGUAGAUUAUAUUGCAAAGAACCCAGAUCUUUUAAAUUCAUUAGUCAAAGGAUAUGAACAACAAGAUAUUGCGUUAAAUUGCGGAACUAUGCUUAGAGAAUGUAUCAAACAUGAAAACUUGGCUAAAGAGCUACUUUAUUCACAAAACUUUUGGGUUUUUGAAAGAUACACUGUCUUAUUGAAUUCACAGAAUUAUGUAACAAGAAGACAAUCUAUUAAACUUUUAGGAGAAUUGCUGUUAGAUCGUUCCAAUUUUAAUAUUAUGACUAAAUAUAUUAGUUCAGCAGUUAAUUUGAAGCUGAUGAUGAAUCUUCUGAGAGAUAAGAGUAAAAGUAUUCAGUAUGAAGCAUUCCAUGUGUUUAAAGUAUUCGUUGCCAAUCCAAAACAAAACCAAACCAAUUCUGGAUAUCCUUUCGAAAAACAAAGAGAAACUUAUAAGGAAGAUCAAUUCAAUGACGAGAAAGCAUUCUUGUUAAAACAAAUUCAAGCAAUCCCAACCGAUUAA